CCCGGUGGUUUCCAGUCUGCUGCCAGCUCUAGACAAGAAUUGUACAGAGUUUUAUCCGUGCGCUCUUUAAACCACACACAGCUUAAACCAAAGUCAAUUUAUAACCCGAAGAACCUCUGUCUAAACUCCGCGUAUAUAACUCGAAAUUAUUAUAAAACUGACGCGUAUGAUAAAACUUCGAUCGACGAAUUCCGAUAGACGACGUCGAAAAAUCGUCAAAUUUUAACGUUACCUACAUUUUUAUUUUAUUUUUAUUUCACAUUUUUCUUUUCAUUUUCAUUUAUUUAUUUCUAUUUUAUUCCGCACUUCGUAAUUUUUCUUAUUAUCAUCCCUGUAUCGUAUGCUAUACACCAGUGCUUCGAUCAAGUGAAUCUUUUCACCGGUUCAGAAGAAAAUUUUUAAAACCAAAAAGAAUCAACAAAAAAAAAGUUCCACUAUCCUUGCCACCGGUGAAGGAAGUUUUUCACCCGCUGGUACGGUCGAUAUUGAAUCUAAAGAGAAAAAAAAAAACCACCUCAGUUCAACGAUUUUUUGAAAAAUCAUGGCAACUUACGCUGCGUACAGACACAUUGAACUGGACAACGUUGGUUACGGAAAAAAGAGGGUGUUGAAACCCCCAGGUGGUGGAAGCAGCGACAUUUUCGGAGGAGCUCCCGAAGAGACGAGCCCUCGCCGUAUCAAGAACCACAAUCAUUCUCAGCUGGGGUCAACGAUGUUCGGAGAGAACACCAGCAACGGUUCAGAUACACCUCGCGCCAAGCCUGGUAAUGACUCACACAAGCGUCUCUUUGGUCCCCCCGAUGCCCCACCUACCCCAAACUCGAAAAACCACAUGCGCAGCAAUAUUUCUCUCAGCUGUGAGAAUUCUGUUACCAAGUCUCCGAGCCAGUCCAGCACAUCGACUAAUGGCAGUUCAAAUGGCAAUAUCUAUGGUAAUGGCAACGUCGCGUACAACAGUGAAACAGCUUUUAGGAGAAACAAACGAUUUCGAGGAUUAUCCUGCAUGCCACGCAACCCGGUUACCGGAGACGGAGUUGACGUGAUGCCCCUGAGGCGCAGCGCACGUAAGAGUAGAGAUGGUAAUCCUGUAACUGGCACAGGAUACACAGGGGAUGCGGAGAACAACAGCGCCCCGAUUCAGAAUGGAAAUGGAAAUGUUGCAGCGAAAGUAAAUGGAUCUGCAUCACCACCAGCCCCAGCAGCACAGCCGCGCGGUCGUGUACCACCGGGAGGCUAUUCUUCGGGCCUCUGGUAAAGAGAUCAACUGAUUUACUUCCUCAGUGCUCGAUACUGUCGUUACUUCACCUCACCGACUGACUUUUAUUAUUAAAACAUUAUUAAUUCGAGGAUAUUGUUCAUGUAACCGUUUAAAAAUCUGAACAAUGGAAGUAAUAAUAAACAGUAAAUUUGAUUUGUAUUCAAUCAGGUGUAUUGCAUUUAAUGAACUAUCAUAGCUUUCUUCUAUGAUUAAACCAAAUUUAUAGAAAAAUUGUGAAUGGUUCGUAACAACGGUUCAAUCAAUACUUAGCGAACGAUCAUUGAUUUCAGCGAACCCAAAUUGUAUAUUAGAUAGUUCUUUCUCGAAAAUAAAAGUACACUAUAUAUAUAAAAAAAAAAAAAAUUAAAAGUGCUUUCUUAAUUCUGUGCCUUUUCACUUUCGCUAAAUUGCAGAAUUAAUAACUUCAAAUGCGAUUAGGAUUAAAAUAAAAAGAAACAAAAUGAAACAAAAAAAAAAAAAAAAAAACCAAUUGAUCGCAUGAUCGAUAUUUAUGUAAUAAUCCUAUGUAUUCGAUCAUAAAUUAACUAAUAAGUACUAAUACAACAACUGUUCUCAAGAAACUAAUUAUUUGAAUAUUAGUUGAAUAGUUUUUGCUGUGGCACUAUUUUACGCUAUGUAUUGUUUAUAUUUAUUUCAGAUUGUAAGAGAUUGUAUAACUGAUUCUCUCUUACUCAUAAGAUUUAUUUGUUUUAUGCAAGUGAAAAUUACAUGGUUGUAAUCUACCGCAUUCCCCUCAACAUACAUACCUUUUUGUACUCUGGCCGCAAUAAACAUUUUGUAAACAAGAAAA